AGAUGGCAGUUCGCGUUGUCGGAGCGUUCUAUCGGCGGUAAACUUGUGUGUAUAAUUGCGUGACGCUUGAAUUUUGCUACGCUGAUCAAGCACCGCGAUCCUUAGUGUUGCGUUAACGUUAACGCGAAAUAAUACACCGGUUCUCGCGAACUUACGAAAUCUCGCGAUGGCUGACGAGGCGGAGCAAGUGCCGGCGAUAAAUGUAAAGGAGCCGCUGGACCUCAUAAGGCUGAGCCUAGAUGAGCGGAUUUACGUAAAGAUGAGGAACGAGAGAGAGCUUCGAGGACGUUUACACGCUUACGACCAACACUUGAACAUGGUGCUGGGCGAGGCGGAGGAAACUGUGACCACAGUGGAGAUAGAUGAAGAAACGUACGAGGAAGUGUACCGCACCACAAAGAGGAACAUCUCCAUGCUGUUUGUUCGUGGCGACGGUGUUAUCCUGGUGUCACCACCCAGCAUGAGAGCACCGAUGUAAGAUCGUCGCCUGUGCGAUCUCGCUAAUUUAACAAACAACAGAAGUGUGAUGUAAACUGGGACCUUGAACGUCGUUAAUAUCAGUGAGGAACUUCUGACGGUUGGCUGCAGACUGUGAAAUCGACGUAGCAUAUACGUGCUUACAUAAAUAUAUACAUAUACAUAUGUAAGAUUCCGACGAUGAUUCGAUUGUGAUUAAAUAGUGUAUUCUUAUAA